ACUACAAGUCUUGUCAGACAUCAGAGAAUCCCGGAGGGAGAAGCUGUUCUACAUCAUCUACCCACCAGAAGUGCUUUAGUCAUAGCUCACACUUUACUGGACCUGACAGGAUUAAUCAGAGACGGAUUUGCAGGUACCUAGUAAAACACAAAUUCAAUACAACGCUUCCCACGUGGUUAGGGCUGUUACAGCAGGUCUGUCUCUGCCUGUCUGUCUUUCCCUCAUUCCCUCUCAUUUCUAUUCAGUUUAAAAACCAGUCAUAGGAUCCCAAAUGGCCAAAAACCAGAAUUCUGCUCUUAAUAUAUAUUUAAGAUAUACAGGCUGUGAAACCUGGCAGUGCUUUAAGUUUUUCCCCACUUUGAACGGCUGGCAAUUAACUGGAGAUUUUUACAUGUGAAAUGUUACAGUGUGGGAGUUCCUCACCGGAGUGUAAAGGAAAGUAUGACCAGAGGUUGGAAACACUGAACUUCACGUUUUGCUUUGAAUUUAUUGCCCGCAGUAGUGACAUAAACAUUAAAUGGAAGCAAAUUGGCAGUUGCCCCUUCAGGACUUGGGGUUGUUGUAAAACUGGAGGAAAUGAAAACUCAUGACUGGAUCUGGAGGAAAAUGCUGCCUCCUGGAAAGGAUAAAGAGGUUCAUUGUGAUGAUGGAAAAGCAAGCAACUGCUAAAUCGUCUACCAUUUUCAUCUCGGAUGCUGUUAAAGGGCGUAGGAAGGCAAGGGAUGGAACAUUCCAAGGUGCAAAAUGGAAUGCUUCUUUAGCAUCUAAAAUCAAAAGUAAAUUAAUAAAUAACUCAUCUAUGUUUAAAGUAACUUUAAAACAAAAUAAUAGAGCGUUAGCUGUGGCUUUGAGUGUGGAGAAAGAAAAUUCUCGGAAGCUAAAGAAUGAGAAGAUUUUUCUUCAGAAGGAAGUAGAAAAGUUGCAGCUUCAUAAUAUCUUGCUUCAUCGAAAAUUAAGCUGUGUGAAUAAAACUCUUAUAGAAAUAGAAGCGUUUUUAAAUUAUAACCUUUUAACUGCAAUAGAAAUAAGCAGUCUUUCUGAGAAUCUUCAGAGUUCUCUUCCUCUGUCAGCGGGUUCAAGUAGCGCUGUUGGUGACCAGUUCAAGGGCAGAAGGCAGUCUGCUAGAUCUGUAGAAUUGCCAGUGAAGCUUCCUUUAUUAGCAUCAGCUAAUGAAAACCAGCAAGAUAGUCCUUCUGUGUGUGAAAUACCAAACUUUUAUAAGAGUACCACUAUUUUGUCAGAGGAAAGGCAUUCAGAUCAAGUCAAGUUCUCAUUAUCGUUGCCUUCUGGUAAAAAUAAUCAAAAGUUAAUUGAAAUAGAGCCGGUGGAAACAACCAUUGACAAAAAUAUUUUUUUGAAAGAAAAUCAAGUAUGCACAGAACUAACUUGCAAUAGUGCCUUCCCGACUCAUGUCAAAAAUGCACAAUCUUUCAGGCGGUCUGAGGAGCUUACAAAACAAUAUAAUGAUAGUUCAUUGCCAUUCUGUGGAAAUGUGACUGAAAGAAAGAAACAUGCAGCAUUUUGUCAGUCAAAAACUCAACCUAAUGUAAAGGAUUCUGAUAAAAAAGGUAGCUCAGAUAAUCUGCCUUAUGGUAUCAACAGCGGCAGCACCACCAAUGAUGUGAAUUUGCGGCAAAGUUCAAGUGACUUGUCUCACAUUAGUCCUUCACCUCUUAAAUUUAGCAAUGAAAGCAAGAGAGAUUUAAAGCUGCUGCUUUUUACUGACAAGAUGAAGCCUGAAGAAACUGUUUAUGGUGCUGAUAUGGAGUUGACUGCCAGUGAUGCAGGUGAACUACUCACAGUUACAGCAAAAGACAAAGAUAAAUUACACCAAAAUAGAAAUAGUAAUGCUAAUUCUGAUAAAAUAUUACCAAAUUUCAGAAAAGUAAAAUACUCUAAGAAGGAUAAAAAGAAAAUUAAAAGCAAGACUGAAGCAAGUUCAAAUAUAUAUGCAGAAGAAAGACUCACUAGGCCUGACAGUAGUGAAGCUUCAAAAAGUACUGACUCACAAACUCAAUUAUUCCAAAAUCAGACAGAACAACCACCUACAGGAGAUUCUGUAGGGAAACAGGGUUUGCAAAAUACCGGCAAAGAUUAUCAAGCCCAAAAUUGUCCAAGUAAAGCUAAAGAUACUAGGAGGACAUACCAGGUUAACUUAAUGAGUCCAAGAACCCAGGAGACAAAUAAAGACACUUUCUCAGAAAUGUUUGAAGAAAUGGAAAGCAAAAUACAAAAAUCAGACUCAAACUCCUCUAUUAACAAGAUACCACCAGAAGUUUAUUGUGCUGAAAAUUUAACAUUCCAAGAUAACACUUCUAAUGUAUUACCUUUGCAGCAGGACUUUCUGCAUACAAAUGAGAAACAUAGCAGUCCAGAAGUAAACAGGAAAACUUUUCAAAAUCCUGCUAAAGCAAACACAGCAAAAUACUGUAGAGAGGAAAAUGGACAGUAUGGAGAAUAUAUUUCAAAAAAGUCUCAAGCAGAGAUACACCACCAUGACAGCAAGAGAAAACAAGAGCAGAAGAAUACUGUAAAGAGAAAAUACAACAACAAAAGUAGUUGCAGACAAAGUGGAGAAACUGAUAGUGACAGCACUCAGAAAAUUACUCAGAAAAUAAACCAAAAGACUAGCCAUUUUUCUCCCGGCGGAUUAAAACGUACAUUGGCAAGGGCUAGCCGGAAAGUACAUAUAAUACCAAAAGAAAACCUUACACAGUUCUCACUUUGCAAAAAUGAAGAAUUAAAAAAUAAGGAUGCAUUGCAUGCGGGGUCUGUAUGUGGAAAUAAAGUAACCAAAACUCAACAAAUGCAGGCAGCUUUAGUUACUCAGAAUGGUGUAGCCACCAAUGCUUCACAAGCUAAAGAACAAGUUGAUGAUGAUUCUAAUACUUUAAAGAAAGUAGAAUCCUCAUUAGUGGCUCAUAAACCCCCUCACAUUAGUACUGCUGCUGAUAAUCCAGUAAAGCAUAAGCAGAAGUUUGGUUCUGAUAUUAUUGAGACCAGAUCAGAAAAAAAAUAUUUCAGGCAUAUCGAUCAGGGGGAGCAGAAUAUUUUGGAUGACCAGGAAGACCCUCAUGAGAGAGAUUCCUUUAUGAGCAAGUUAAAGCCUACAGUUCAAAAAUCAGAAUUUUUAAAAUCCUUAUCUGUUGAAUGUUCUAAGAACGUGCCAUUAAAUGUAGAUGACUUUUCCCAGGAAGGUCUUUCCAAUGUGGAGCCCCCAGCUAUUGAUAACCACAACGCUUCCAUGAACUUCUCUAUACUGAUAAACCCUGAAAUAUGUGGGGGAAAUGAUCAUAAUAAAGCACCAGAUGGUGGAAAAGCAGAACAAAAACUGGAUCAUAUUUCUGAAGAGACUUACAUAAAGACUCUGACAUCUUGUCAUGGGAGAAAGGCUUUACAAGAUCUGACAAAUAGUAGAAUACAAUCUCGUACAUCCUUACCAAAAUGCCCCCAAACUUUAGAAGAAAACUCGGCAGCACCAUCUAGACGACAAAGAGCCACUAUUUGCUAUAAAGAACCCAGUCUAUCCAGCAAAUUAAGGCGUGGGGAUCAGUUUACAGAUACACAAUUUUUGCAUUCCCCGAUCUAUAAAGUAAAAAAUAAAGUAAGUUUUAAAAGUAAAUCAAAAUUCAUUUGAAGAAGAGAAGAGAAUUGCCUCUAUGAAGAACACUUCUAAAAUGGGUACAAUUUUUAAAAUAUAUAUAUGUGUGUGUGUGUUUAUCAGUAGAGAGUGCUUAUUGUUCUUUGAUUAGUAAUGGUCUUCCAAAGUGGAAUUUCCUGGAAAGGAGCCUCUAUGUAAGGGACACAAUACUCUACUGAGGAAGGCAAAUACAGGUUAGGCUCCACUCUUGUGUUUUGCAUUUCUGGUCAGUAAUUUAUAAUCUGUUCAAAGGGUUUGCAGCACUUCUUAAUUUGUAAGAAAGGUGUAUGUUUUAAUGAGAAUUAAAAAUAAAUCACCUUUGGGAA